UCAACUCUCCUCCCCAUGUCCUAAAUAAGCUAUUUCCAUAUUAUACUGUUCUGUGGCUGGUACCUCAGGGGGAGGGGAUGCCUCAGUUCAGGAUGGGCCCUCAGAGGCACCCCUUUCCCCCACAACAUACUGCACCUCCACCAAACAUAUCCCUGGCUUCUUUUUCUUUUCUUUUCUUUUUUUAUAUAAAACAUAACAGGUGGGAUCCCUAGACAAGCAAUCCUGGCAAACAAAAGGUCACAGAGGGCAGGGGGUAACAUUCAUAGAACCUUAAAAAUACUAGUCUAUCAGCACAAGAGACUAGGUACUAAGGAAAACAGACUUUUCAAAAAAUACUGAGGUUCCCACACAGGACCUACCGAGUACACUUAAACUCUUCUCUACGAAACCUGGGCACUCCUAUAGGCUAUAAAUUCAUUUAACUGCUAACUAGAUGGCAGUUAAGAUUAAGAUAAGCUAGAGGAGAAUCAGGUGGGUGUCCAGGUGAACCAGGAGAGUGGGGUGGGACUGGUCCGCAGGGUAAUUAACAAACCUGGCUCCAAAGCAGAAAUGGACUUUUUCAUUUGCUGCAAAUUCCUAAGAGCUCUCCUUUGAAAGCCCACUUUCCGGGUUUCCAACUAGGGCUUCAGAACUUUUCAAUCAAGUAACCAGAGGACUUCAUCUUGCCCUAAUCAAAACCUGCGAGACUCAGAAAAUUCCAGGUUUUGCUUUCUUUCCCUCUCCAUGAAAAGAAUUCCACCCUCACGCCCUCCCCAGAGCGUGUUAGGAAACAACCCCUGCCAUCCUUAAGAAUUACAGUUCUUUAUUCUUGGCUUCUUUGCUACUAGGAAGUUUCAUGCAGGAGGGAGAGGGAGUGAGACGGGGAAGUUCCUAAACAUACCCAGUGAAAGGCAAACAAACAAAACCCCAUACGCCCAGUGGCUUCAAGUCUUUUGCAAGCCGGGGCGCCAAGCUGGCGUUGGAAAGCUCGAGAAAGAUCUGCUCCACAAGAAGGCUCCCGGUGCAAAGGCAGACAGCCCAAGAAAAAAAACCCUCCCGCCCCGCACCUACAACCCUCCGCGCCGCCUUUUCACGGGUCGCGUCACGUCACUUCCGGGGCGGGCCCGCAAGCGGGGCGGGGCGGUGUCCGCGCAGGCUCGUGGGGCUGCAGCCUCCGAGCCGAGCGCUUGACUAUAUAUGGUCAAAGCUGGGGGCGAGCCGCGCCGGGGCCGCGCUUCCGGGUUGGGUUGUCCGCAGCGGUAGCGCGCGGGGCAGGCGCGUACGGGUCUCGGAGCCGGGUCUCGGACCGCCCCCUCCGCGCCCGGCACGCCCGGCGCCGCCUUCCGCGCUGUCCCUGGGCUCGGCCACUGCGAGGUUCCACUCGAGCGCAGCGCCGUAACAAGUGGGCGAGGAUGCCGUACGAGAUCAAGAAGGUGUUCGCCAGCCUCCCCCAGGUGGAGCGGGGCGUCUCUAAGAUCCUCGGUGGAGACCCCAAGGGCGAUCAUUUCCUCUACACCAAUGGCAAGUGCGUCAUCCUAAGAAACAUCGAUAACCCUGCUAUUGCUGAUAUCUACACAGAACAUGCCCAUCAAGUGGUAGUAGCCAAGUAUGCACCCAGCGGAUUCUACAUUGCUUCUGGAGACAUCUCUGGGAAGCUAAGGAUCUGGGAUACCACACAGAAGGAGCAUCUUCUAAAGUAUGAGUACCAGCCUUUCGCUGGGAAGAUCAAGGACAUUGCCUGGACGGAAGACAGUAAGAGGAUCGCCGUGGUCGGGGAAGGAAGGGAGAAGUUUGGAGCUGUCUUCUUAUGGGACACUGGCUCUUCUGUGGGUGAGAUCACAGGACACAACAAAGUCAUCAACAGUGUGGACAUAAAGCAGACCAGGCCCUACCGACUAGCAACAGGGAGUGAUGAUAACUGUGCUGCGUUCUUCGAGGGCCCUCCAUUCAAGUUCAAGUUCACAAUUGGUGACCACAGCCGCUUUGUCAACUGUGUGCGAUUCUCUCCUGAUGGGAACAGAUUUGCCACAGCUAGCGCUGAUGGCCAGAUUUUCAUUUAUGAUGGGAAGACGGGAGAGAAGGUGUGUGCCCUUGGAGAAAGCAAGGCCCAUGAUGGAGGAAUUUAUGCCAUUAGUUGGAGUCCUGAUAGCACUCAUUUGCUAUCUGCCUCUGGAGACAAAACCUCUAAGAUUUGGGAUGUCAAUGUAAACUCUGUGGUCAGCACGUUUCCCAUGGGCUCCAAUGUUCUGGACCAGCAGCUGGGCUGCCUCUGGCAGAAGGACCACCUCCUCAGCAUCUCCCUGUCUGGAUACAUCAACUACCUGGACAAGAACAACCCCAGCAAACCCCUCCGGGUCAUCAAGGGUCACAGUAAAUCCAUCCAGUGUCUGACCGUGCACAGAAAUGGUGGCAAGUCCUACAUCUAUUCUGGGAGCCAUGAUGGACAUAUCAAUUACUGGGAUUCAGAGACAGGAGAGAAUGACUCCUUCUCUGGAAAAGGCCACACAAAUCAGGUGUCCAGGAUGACUGUGAAUGAGUCUGAGCAGUUGGUCAGCUGCAGCAUGGAUGACACAGUGCGGUACACCAACCUCACACUGAGGGACUACAGUGGACAAGGCGUUGUGAAACUGGAUGUUCAACCAAAGUGUGUAGCUGUUGGCCCUGGGGGAUAUACUGUGGUCGUGUGCAUUGGACAGAUUGUCCUUCUGAAGGACCAGAAGAAGUGCUUCAGCAUCGACAACCCUGGCUACGAGCCUGAAGUCGUCGCUGUGCACCCUGGUGGGGACACAGUGGCUGUUGGUGGCACGGAUGGCAAUGUGCGUGUGUACUCCAUCCUGGCCUCCACACUAAAGGAUGAAGGCAAACUCCUAGAGGCCAAGGGACCAGUAACAGACGUGGCCUACUCUCAUGAUGGUGCCUUCCUGGCUGUGUGUGAUGCCAGCAAGGUGGUCACAGUAUUCAGUGUAGCUGAUGGCUAUUCGCCAUGUCUUCAUCUUCAUGAGCGGCAGGCACCUGGUGGGGCUCUUGGGAGGAUGCUGUGAGCUGGGGGUAGUGAUCAGGUACUGGGGCU